AAGAAAGCUUAGAACGAAAACGUAUAAAUCUACAUAGCGUUUAGACAGACAGAGUUAGAAAGUAGGCUGAAAAAUCAGUAGGCAGAUUAAGAGUAAAGGAAAGUGAACGAAUACAACGCGUAAAGUAUCUGCUAGCCAAGUGUAUGUUAAUUAUCUCCACAAUGCUAAAACUAAAUCUUUUUGUUUUAAAUUUAGCCUUGCUCUCGAUUCCAGCAAUGCACGCUGUCCGGCCAGAAGUUCCUCUGUAUCAUUAUACGAACGUUGAAGAUUAUCUGACACAUAUGAAUAAGGAUGAACAAUCGUGGGUCGCAAGCAAAGAUAAGGAAAUUUCAAACAGGGAACAAGAACAAGAAAUACCACUUGAUAUUCCCACAAGUAAUGCGACAAUUCCGCUUCCUUCUGGUCUGAAGAAAGACAAGAAAGUCACGUGCUGUAUCCUGGGCCAGAUAGCUGGAGACAAAGGUUUCCACUGUUAUGUCAAUUUUUACGCUGCCAGAAUUAUCAUGCGUAACUAUAAUAGAGCUCAUAAUCGCAAGAUAGCGUUCCACGGCCACGAACAAGUCCCCAAUUACGGACAAAAAUUGAUGCGCACGUUUGAGCAGUGCGUUGCCAGCGAAGGAGCCAUCUUUCACAAGUGCUGCCAUCUAGCAGCCGGAGAACGUCGAAAGCAGCGAUAUGACACUCGGCAACACCGUCUUUACCUUCGUCGUAACAAGCAUCCCGACGUCACUGGUGCUAGGAAGAAGCUGUAAAGAUAUAUUCAGUAAAGAAGUUACGGUGUCAAACGUUUAUGUAUAGUAAAACGCACAGGUCAAUGUGAAUUUGGAAUGUUGAAUUUCUACUCUUUAAUGUUAGAAAUGACGGCUAACUUCUUGAUGUGUUUUCUGUAGAACUGAUGAUUUACAUUUAAAUCUUACGUUAUAAUACGUUUUAUUCUUUUCUCUCCCCCUUUUCAUUUUUUAUUAUUUCUAAGGAAUAUUUACAUAUAAUGUUGUUUUUCCCCCAACUUAUUAACUGAACAAACAGUAAUCUUACGCUCCCUAUUUCCCCAUGUCAUUUAUUUGGUGCAAUAGGUUUUGUAUGAUCUCUGUUUAUUUUCGGUAAAAUUUGGCAUUUUAUAUGUAUAUAUUUGAAAUAGUGAUAGUUAGGUAAUGACCUGGUCUAGGAUACUUAUAACAAUAUAUCAUAUAAUCACUAUGCAUUGCAAUAUUUUUUAAAUAUAUUAUCGUUACCUUAAAAUUCUACAUAUAUCGUGUAAGUAAAUUUCUGUGUUAAGAAUAUAAAAGUAUAUGAUUAUAAUUUUUUUUCACAUUUUGUUUUAUUUUAAACACGAAUUAUGACCGUAUGUAGCUAUCAAAGACAGACCUUUAUACACACUCAUUUACAUCUAGUACAUAUUUAUCAUCAGUCAAAAUUAAUACAUUCGUGUAUAAGUUAAGCCUAACCAUUAAUUAAGCAAUAUCUAUACUUAGGAAAAUUCAUCCUUUGUUCGUGACAUAAUUUAAAAGUUUCACCUUCUUCUCGGCCUGGAAAAGGCAGGGAUAAACUUAUUAUUAAGAGAUUGUGUAUUUGUAAUUAAGCACAAAGCUACACAAUGGGCGAUCUGUGCUCUGCCCACCACGGAAUUAUUAAGCGACCCACAUACCAAUCUUUCUUCGGGACCCUGAUUAAAUCUAAUCAGUAGAACAAAAGUUGUCUACAGACACUGAUUACGUUAUAUUUAAAAGAUUUUGGAUCUUCACUAUAUCACUACAGUCCAAGUCGCCACGUCCAGCCGUGCUCUAUCUGAUGUCUGCGCAUAUUAACAAUAGCUCUGUAGAGUAGUUUUCAUUACAAAAGGUGCCGUUGGAAAGCUGUCAUGCACAAAAACACCUCUAUUCCCCAAUAGCUUUCCGUAAUUCAACUAUUGUAUAAAAAUGACGGUUUCCCAGCACCUGUUUUAACAAUUUGGUAGCUUAGAAAUCUGUAGACGCUGCGUUCAGCGACUUGAGCGGUAUGUUUUCUUAUGAAAUAGCAUUAACACCAGUUUCAUUCUCCACCUGGUAUUAAUACUAUUUAAUUCUGUAGACGCUUUGUCCAGCGACUUGAGCGGUAUUUUUUCUUAUUAAAUAGCAUUAACACCAGUUUCAUUCUCCACCUGGUAUUAAUACUAUUUAAAUCUGUAGACGCUUCGUCCAGCGACUUGAGCAGUAUGUUUUCUUAUUAAAUAGCAUUAACUCCAGUUUCAUUCUCCACCUGGUAUUAAUACUAUUUAAUUCUGUAGACGCUUCGUCCAGCGACUUGAGCAGUAUGUUUUCUUAUUAAAUAGCAUUAACUCCAGUUUCAUUCUCCACCUGGUAUUAAUACUAUUUAAUCAUUCAUUAUUCAUUCUCCAGCUGCUUAAUGUGUGCGAUAAUUGAACUGAUAUUUCGUGGAAGCGACUUAUGUACAUGUGACUUGUGUCUCUUUUACAGAAGGAUAUACUUCUUGAUCAGGUUGCGUAUUGUUUGUUGCCUUGGUCACAAAGAUGGUUUUUGCAACUGACGUUUGUGUUCGUGGAUUUUUAACUGUUCCAAGGCGGCAGAUUUUUAUUACCAUAGCAAGAGUACGAUUUUCUAAAGGUCUCUUUCUGGGUGGUACUGGUACUCCAAGUUGAUCCAUAUUCUUUGGUUUUCCAAUAACAUUAAGUACAAAUGAUAUCGCCGUCUUGAAGAUUAAAACUCCCCAAUUUGAACACAGCUUUAUGAUUCGAGUAUAUUAAUAUUUUACGUUGGAAAGGGCUGUUACAUACUCAAACACCAAAUAAUAUCAAAAUGUAGAUCUGAUGUAUGUAGUCCCACUGUUUUAUUUGUUAUGGUUGUCAAGCGACUUGGUGAUUUACAUAAUCAAAAUCGUUUCAGUAUAACGUACUCAAGCGUCUGUAUACAUUUGUCCUGAAUCAUGGACAAUAUACACAUAAAUAUGCAACUCAAGCGAAAGACAAGGAUAUAAUUAUAUUAAAGAAGAGAAAUAUACUGGGAUAUCAGAUAUAUAUUAUAGUAAAACAUUACAAUGGUAGGAGAUAAAAAACUAAACCCUAAUAAAAAAAAAGUUUAUUUUAGACAUAAAAUAUACCAUAGCUAAAAUCAAAUACAAAAUGUAUUUGUUACAUGGUGACAAGUAAGAGCUGUUUGACCAGCUGAGGAAGAAAGAAAUCAGCAUAACAUAUGUGUAUGAAACAUAAUUUGAGUUGAUAAAUAAA